AUGUCCGCCUCCGCCGACGUUUUGGCCAUGGCCAAGGUCGAGGUUGACCUCAACGCCAUCCCCGAGGGCAAGAACGUCAUCAUCAAGUGGAGAGGCAAGCCCGUCUUCAUCCGCCACCGUACCCAGGCCGAGAUCGACGAGGCCAACAAGGUCAACGUUACCGCCCUCCGUGACCCCCAGACCGAUGACGACCGUGUCAAGAACCCCGAGUGGCUCGUCAUGUUGGGUGUCUGCACGCACUUGGGUUGUGUCCCCAUCGGCGAGGCCGGUGACUACGGUGGUUGGUUCUGCCCCUGCCACGGUUCUCACUACGAUAUCUCCGGACGUAUCAGGAAAGGACCUGCCCCCCUCAACCUCGAGAUCCCCGAGUACGACUUUGGUGAGGAUGGCAAGCUGGUCAUUGGUUAA